AGCUGGUCUAACAUCAACACAGAGAGACUGGCGCCACCUCGUCUACCACACCUUCACACAAUUCCUUUUACAUUUUACCACAAUAAACCAUCAUGGAGUGUAGAAAGAGAGCUAAAAACCGUACCUCAUUCAUCAAUAACCCCUUUAGAAGAGUUGUUAAGGUACCAAAGGUGAAGGACAGCUCCAUCUUCUGGUGCAUGUUGGCCCUGGCACGACUCUACCUGGCCACAGUGCAGACUGGUUAUAUCCAUCCUGACGAGUUCCAUCAGUCGGUCCAAGUGAUGGCACGUGAUCUGUUGAACAUUGACGCCAAGAAGCCCUGGGAGUUCCACCCUGAGAAUCCCAUCAGGUCGGUCACGUUCUCGGCUGUAGUGUCUUUGCCUUAUGUCUUUAUAAAAUACGUGGCUCCGUUCUUCACCUAUUACUUGGGUUAUGAACUACAGAGCCCAUACAAUUUACUCGUUGCCCCGAGGAUUCUCAUGACGUUUCUGUCGUUUAUAGCGGACUACAGUGUCUACAGAAUCGCAAGAAUGUGUUUCCUCAGACCCUGGUGCUGUGUGGAGGUGUUUGCUAGUUCGUACAUAAUGCUCGUGUACGCGACGAGAACAUUUUCGAACACUAUGGAGCUUAUUCUCAUGGCAGUGUUGUUGUGGCGGGUGUGUGAGUCCAUGGUCGAAAGCACAAAGAUUAUCCGCAAGCAGAACGUUCUUCAGGAUCUUUACGAAUCGGCCGAAACGCUCCAAGACAAAGUGAAAUUAGUUCGUAUUAAGAGUAAAUUACCUCCUUACAAUUAUGUAGACAGUGCGAUCAUAUCAGUGGUUGUGACGUACGGUGCUUUUGUGCGGCCAACGUUUGUGAUAUUUUCCUUCAUCCCCGUAGCGUUCUGGCUGCAACGAGGCGUGGUGACCAAAGAGGUGGAUUUCUCGUAUUUCAACCUGAGGUGCUUGAGUCUCCUGCCGGGUAUAGUGGUCACGUUUCUCACCUGCGUGCUGGCCGAUUCGUUCUACUACGGCUCGCUGACGUUCACCGAGCUCCUCUUCUGGAACGUGACGGGUAGAUCGUUCAUCGUGACGCCCGUUAACUUUCUCCUGUACAACGCUAACGAGAAUAACCUGGCCACUCACGGCCUUCAUCCUUAUUAUCUCCACCUGGUCGUAAACUUGCCGUUGCUUCACGGCGUCUUGGGGUUGUUGGGUCUGUGGUCGGUCUCCAAGUAUAUGGCAAGUUUCAUCACCAACGACAUGACCAAAAAGCCGAAGAUCUUCAGUAUAGCCACCAUGCUCCUGGCUACGUUCAUUUUGCCGGUGCUGGUGCUGUCGGCCGUCCCGCACCAAGAGCCGAGGUUCCUCCUGCCCACCUUACUCCCCCUCGUCAUCUUACACUCGGACGAUGUUCUCCUCAUUUCCGGCAAGAGGUUAAAGGCCUUCAAACACCUGUGCUUCCUGGCGUGGCACGUGUGGAACAUCUUCUGCGUGAUCUUCUUCGGUUUUCUCCACCAGGGAGGAGUGACCAAGACCAUGAUGAGGGUACACGAGCACAUCCUCCUGCAGCCGCCGCACACCAACACCCACAUAGUCUUCUCCGACAUGUACACCCCACCGACGUUCUUACUCAUGAGGAGGAUCAAUGUCGUCGCCGUGGCGGAAGACGGAAGGAAGUACCGCAUGGCGAAGUCCGUGUUUACCUACGACGUCGGGGGUUCUAGGGCGGUGUCCGACUUACACGAGGUGACGUCUCGAAUAUAUAAAGAAGCCCUGCAGAACUCGACCAGAGAUGCGGAACUCGUCUUGUGUCUGCCGGCCAGUCUGUCCGAGGAGCUGUAUAACAGUAAACCGGAGAACGUCUCUCUGCGUAGACUACAGCGAGUCCGCGGCCACAUAACCAUGGAGGAUCCCCCGGACAUGGUCAUCGACGCCGCCAGUUUCACGGAGUCGUGCGGCCACGUCUGUCAGUUUCUCCGCCGUCUCGAUCAGUUCAGCAUCGACAUAAUCGGGAUAUACUUUGGUCCCCGCCCAGACAGGUCGGAGAGAGUCGCAUCGCUCGAGAAAACUUUUGACAUUGACGAUGAAACUUUUGAGGUGAUCGAUGAAGCUUUUGACAUGAAUGAGGAAAUUUUUAGCAGGAAAGAGAAAACUAAAGAAAGUAACCACGAAACUUUUAUUAUUGACGAGAAAACUUUUGGCACAGUUAAGAAAACUUUUCGUGUAACCGAGGAAACUUUUGAGAUGGAUGAGGAUAUUUUUGACACAGAUGAUGAAACCUUUGACACAAACGACCAAACUUCCGGCACAAACGACCAAACUUCCGGCACAAACGACCAAACUUCUGGCACAGACGACCAAACUUCUGGCACAGAUGACCAAGCUACCGACACACAAGACCAAGCUACCGACACACAAGACCAAACUUCCGACACACAAGACCUAACUUCCAGCGCUCGAGACCAAACUUCCAACACAGACGACAAAAGCUACGCAGAUAUCGACAAUUUCGACCUAAAAGAUGACUAUUUCGACCCGUUUGAGGACGAAUUUGAACUGAGUGACGAACCAUUAAUCCCAAACACCAAGACUUAUGCCAUCAGAUUACCCAAGCCUCCUAAGGUCGCAGCACACACUAGGGAGGAACUGUAGUGCAUCUGAAAACCUUUAGCUUCUCACACUUUAUAAUUAAGUACAAAGAAAGAAAUUUGUCCAUACUGGGAAAACAAAAUAGAAUACAGUAACUGGAUUGUGUUAAGAUUAGGCACCUUAGUUUAUUUCACCUGAUUAUUAAAUGCCCUAAUCGUAACCUAAUCUAACGCUAAUUUAACGUAUACCUAACGCAAUUUGACCUGAUACCUGGCCUAAAUUGACAUAAUACUAAUUUAAUCUAAGCUAACAGCGACCUAAUCUUACAUUAUAUCACAUGAAGAUUAGGCACCUCAGUUUAUUUCACCUGAUAAUUAAACACCCUAAUGCUAACCUAACCUGACCUAAUCACCCCCUACCCUGAAAUAGCAUUAGGGUAGUUAGUCCUAGUGUGGUAUAAGCUGUGGGUAGAUGGAGAUUGUUCAGGUGAUCCAUUGGAACUAUUUUACCCCAUUAUUCAUAUCUGUUAUGGCUGUGAUGAUGAGUGGAAUGGGCCAUGGUUAGGUUAGGUAGGGUUAGGUUAGAUCAGAUCGGGUAUUUUAAGUGUACUUUCAGCAACUUUUAAUUACUUUUAGCUACUUUUAAUUUAAUUUCAGCUACUUUCAAUUUAUUUCUAUUUUUUUUAACAUAAUUUAAAAACCGUAAUGACUUAAAUUUUUUCUUUGAGUAAACUACAAUGACGAGCGAAUUACUGUACUGAAAAUUAGUUAGAAUAUUUGUAAAUUAGGAAUAUGAUUCACACUACACACUGUUAUGUUUACUUGUGGAAUAUUUGAUAUGAUUUUCUCACUACCACACUACCACCACACCACACUACCACCACACCACACUACCGAUGGUCCUCAAAGGGUUAAUCAUCGU